UGCCCGCGAAAACGACCACGUCGACUUUGGGGCAGCGAGAUAGCUCUACGAUCGGCCCAUUGGCUCUGGCCUACAGCUCGUCCAGCGCGACCAUGUCCAAGGACUACGAGAAAGGCGACGUCCACUACGACGAUGUCGUCCACGAUUCCGACAUCACUGGAGACAAGUCUGUCGCCGCCGAUGACGUAAGACGUCAUGCAGCGUUGACCGAGGAAGAGCUGGUGGUAGAGAAAAAGCUCCGGAGAAAGAUGGAUAUGAUCAUCAUGCCAAUGGUCGUUACGGUGUACUUACUAAAUUACAUUGAUCGAAACAAUUAUCCGGCUGCGAAACUGCAAGGGUUGAUGGAGGAGCUGAACAUGACACAAGAACAGUAUCAGCUGGGGUUGAGUAUCUUGUUCGUCGGUUAUGUCCUCAUGCAAGUUCCUUCCAACGCUCUACUCAACUACUGCGCCAAACCGUCCUGGUACCUUGGCUUUUUCAUCAUUGCUUGGGGGCUUGUCUCAGCGUUGACGUCGCAAGUCCACAACUACAAGGAGAUUGUAGCAUGUCGCUUCAUUCUUGGAAUAGUAGAAGCGCCAUUUUUUCCUGGAGUCCUAUUCUACCUGUCGAAGUGGUACACGAAGAAAGAGCUCAACUUGCGAAUGUCCAUAUUCUACUCGGGUUCGCUUCUUUCUGGUGCCUUUGGACCUCUGAUUGCAGCUGGAAUCCUUGAGAACCUCGCUGGAGAGCGCGGGAUUUCGGCCUGGCGUUGGCUCUAUAUCAUCGAAGGCACAAUCACGGUCUUCGUCGGAAUUAUCAUCGUUUGCUUCUUGCCUGAUUUCCCCGACUCCUGGAAGCUUUUGUCACCUGAGAUGAAGCACGUCGCCAAUCGCCGGAUGGCUCUUGAUGCUUCUGAAGCGGAUACCGACGGCGCCAAUAAGAUGGAUCAUUGGACUGGUCUCAAGCAGGCCUUUGCAGAUCCCAAGACCUACAUUCUGGCAAUCUCUUAUCAUGGUAUUGUUGCGGCCUCGGGUUUUCAAAAUUUCUACCCAACGCUGGUCAGAACCUUCAAUAUUGGCAACAACGUCCAAACGCUGCUCCUUGUAGCCCCUCCGUACAUUUUCAUGACAAUCUACUCACUGUGCCACGGUCUCGCCUCCGACCGCUACCAAAAGCGUUUCUGGUUCUACGUUUACCCGAUCCCAAUCGUGCUGGCCGGAGCACUGGUGUUUAUGUUCACUGAAUCCUUCGGAUCGCGAUACUUCAGUCUGUUCAUGUUGAACUUUGUUUUCGCCAUGAAUGGAACGAUCUACGCCUGGAUUGCAAACGGCAUUCCUCGUCCGCCAGCUAAGCGAGCUGCUGCACUCGCAUUUAUUAACAGCGUCGGUAACGCCGCCUCGAUCUGGACACCUUUCACCUACAACGACGGCGACAGACCUUACUACCGGUCCGCCAUGGGCAUCAAUAUGGGAAUGACAGUUGUCGCGGGAGCUUCUGCCGUUGCAAUGAAAUUCAUUCUUGAGUCGCAGAAUCGCCAGCUUAUCCGCAUGGAAAACGAAGACACGCCGCUGACGGACAAGGACAUGAGGAAAUUGGAAAGAACAGCCGAGAUUGAGGGCAUUGAUAUCGCCAGCGCAAGGAUGUUGCAGAAGGGCUAUCGGUAUAUUGUCUAGCGUUCCUGGACACGAAAGACUAUGAUUCGACGACCAAGGAGUAGACGACUUGUAUCAUAUGAUGAUCUUGGGAAUUUGCACCUGGUAACUCUUCCAAGAAUUGAAGUGAGGCCAGAAUGGCAUAUCUGGGC